UGCACUGUAAAGAGGAGGGGGAGCUGAUCGACAAGUUGUUCAAAGGCUACAACAAGAACAUUCGCCCGGUGAAGCAUCCUGAGGAUAAGCUGGACGUCGAUAUUAAGCUGACCCUCACCAACCUCAUCUCCCUGAAUGAAAAGGAGGAGACUCUCACGACCAAUGUGUGGAUUCAGAUUCAAUGGGUAGAUUAUCGCCUUAUGUGGAACACAUCUGACCAUCACGGCAUCGACACUAUUCGUGUCCCAUGCAACAAUGUUUGGCUUCCUGACAUUGUCCUUGAGAACAACAUUGAUGGAAAGUUUGACGUGGCGUACUACGCCAACGUGCUGCUCUACAACAACGGUGGUAUUUUCUGGCUGCCGCCCGCCAUCUAUCGCAGCACGUGCUCCAUCGAGAUCACCUACUUCCCAUUUGAUUAUCAAAACUGCACACUAGCAUUCAGAUCCCAGACAUACAGUGCCAAUGAAGUGGUCCUCCACUUGGCUCUUGAUGACACCCCCCCAAACGUCAUGAUUGAGUGGGUGGAUAUUGAUCCCCAGGCUUUCACAGAGAACGGCGAGUGGGCCAUUGUCCAUCGUCCAGCCAGGAAAAUGAUCUACGAGCGCUACACCCCAGAUGACCUGGAGUAUCAGGAGAUCUUGUUCAAUAUUGUCAUCCAAAGGAAGCCCCUCUUCUAUGUCAUCAACAUCAUCCUGCCCUGCUCCCUCAUCUCCUCUCUGGUAGUGCUGGCCUACUUCCUACCUGCUCAAG